AUGGCACCUACAUUGGAACUCCUCGAGGAGCCCGCCGAGAAUCUGCCGCUCAAGGCAAUCUCAGCCAUCCGCAACGGUGCCUCUGCUGCUACUGUUGAUCUCAGAUUAGAGAGCCCAGAGAAGCAUCAACGGGUGAUGAAUGUCUUCCGAGCUUUCAUUGCAGAUCUCUGCCAGCAAUACGGCGAAGGCCACGCUGGAUCUCCUAUGGGCAUGGCUGCCAUUGGUAUUGCCCUGUACAAGUAUGUCAUGAAGUACUCGCCAAAGAAUUGCAACUACUUUAACCGGGACCGCUUUGUUCUUUCGAAUGGCCAUGCCUGCCUGUGGCAGUACCUUUUUAUGCACCUUGUUGGCGUCAAGAGCAUGACACUCGAGCAGCUCAAGUCCUACCACUCAUCGAAGCUCGACUCGGUCUGCCCUGGCCAUCCCGAAAUUGAGAACGAGGGCAUAGAGGUUACAACUGGGCCCCUUGGCCAGGGCCUCGCCAAUGCCGUUGGCCUUGCCAUGGCCACUAAAAAUCUUGCCGCGACAUACAACAAGCCCGGUCAUGAGCUGGUGAAUAAUAUGACUUGGUGCAUGGUUGGUGACGCUUGCCUUCAGGAAGGUGUUGGUCUCGAGGCACUCUCCCUCGCUGGCCACUGGAAGCUAAACAACCUCUGUGUUAUAUUCGACAACAAUUCGGUUACGUGUGACGGAACUGCAGACGUUGCCAACACCGAGGAUAUCAAUACCAAGAUGCGGGCGACUGGGUUCAAUGUCGUAGACGUGUACAAUGGAGACUCGGACGUUGCCGCCAUCGUAAACGUCCUUGUUGCCGCUCGAUCGAGCGAUAAGCCCACCUUCCUCAACAUUCGCACGACGAUUGGCUUUGGAUCCGCAAUGGCCGGCACCGCCGAUGUCCAUGGGGCUGCCCUCGGAGUCGACGAAGUGGCCAACGUCAAGAGGUCGUUCGGUCUCAAUCCUGACGAGCACUUCCAUAUCCCCCAGGACGUCUACGAUUUCUUCAGUGACAUUUCUGGCCGUGGUGAUACCCAUGAGGCAGGCUGGCAAGCGGCCCUGGUGAAGUACCAUGAGGCAGAUCCCAUACUAGCGGCUGAAUUUGAGCGCCGUGUCGCGGGAAAGCUGCCUGAAGACUGGGCCAAAUGCAUUCCUCACAAGGAAGAUCAGCCUACUGCGCCCACAGCCUCCCGAAAGUCAGCCGGUGUCGUGACCAACGCCCUUGGACAGAGAAUCAAUUCAUUCUUGGUGGGCACGGCGGAUCUUACUCCGUCUGUCAAUGUCGCAUACAAAAACAAGGUCGACUUCCAAUCGCCUGAACUCCGAACGGCAUGUGGCCUGAACGGAAACUACAGUGGCCGAUACAUCCACUACGGUAUCCGCGAGCACGCCAUGUGCGCCAUCUCCAACGGGCUUGCUGCCUUCAACAAAGGCACUUUCAUCCCCAUGACGAGCACAUACUUUGUCUUCCACUUGUACGCUGCCGCCGCUGUGCGCAUGGCCGCGCUCCAAGGUCUCCAGCAGAUCCACAUCGCCACGCACGACAGUAUCGGCGUUGGCGAGAACGGGCCUACGCACCAACCUAUCGCUGUUGCUGCCCUCUACCGUGCAAUGCCUAAUGUUCUCUACAUCCGUCCAUGCGACGCUGAAGAAGUGGCCGGCGCCUACAUCGCCGCCAUCCAGGCCACCGACACGCCCACCAUUAUCUCACUCUCCCGGCAGAGCCUGACCCAGUACCCCCAACACUCCUCGCGCGAGGGUGCACUCAAGGGUGCGUACGUCUUCGUCGAGACCGAGGACGACGAUUUCGAUGUGACCUUGAUCGGAGUCGGCUCUGAGAUGGGCUUCGCCAUGCAGAGUCGGGAGUUGCUUUUCAGGGGCCAUGGCAUUAGGUCACGGGUUGUUUCCUUCCCUUGUACUAGGCUUUUUGAGCAACAGUCGCGGGAGUACAAGCAAUCGGUUCUGAAGCCCCGCGCCGGAAAGCCCACGGUCGUGAUCGAGGCGUACCCAUCCUACGGAUGGGAGCGCUAUGCUGAUGCUUCAAUAUCGAUGAACAGCUUUGGAAAGAGUCUUCCUUCAAAGGAUGCGUACGAGCACUUUGGAUUUGCGCCGGAGAGCAUCGCACCUAAAGUCAAGGACUUGGUGGAGGAAGUCAGGCGCGACGGUAUUGGGACCCUGAGGGGCGAUUUCAGGGAUUUCAACGGUAGCCUGGGGGUUGGUUUAGAGCAUUGA